UGCGCCCGCCGGGCGGGCGCGCCGCUGGGCCUGCCCGUGCUGAGCGCGGCCUCGGUGCGGACCAAGGCGCGGCGUCGGGCUUAUGCCGGCAUGCUGGACGGCGUCGGCGGUUGGGUGAAGCCGCUCGGGCGGUCGGCCACGACCUCCACGACCUUCGUCGACAUGGGCGCCUCGGUCCGCGAUGGCCUCGCACGCCUCUUCCAGCUUGGGCGGCGCCAAACCUGCGGGAACCGCAUCCUCGCGGCCGUCGCGCGGAGAGGCCCUCGCCAUGCCGAGGCGGGGCCGCGCGACUUGCCCUCGGCCCAGCAGGCAGCCAAGGGGCGGCGCCAACUUGCGCCCCCCAAAAUCCAGAUGGCGACGCCCAUCGAGGCCGUCGCCAUGAUCAUCAACUACACGGGGAAAUGCGGCCUGGAGCAGCAGGCGAUCGCGGCACGGCUGCUCUUCGAGAUCCACGGGCGCCCGGGCGAGAUCCACGGCCCGAGGAUCAAGGUCGGCGAGGCCUCGAAGACGGGGGAGUUCGACGCGGCGGCGAGGCUCGACCUCGAGCGCCAGCUGGAGCUUGGGCCAGCGCGGCCGCAGAUGAACGCCUCGCGGCGCCGCGAUGGCGCCGCCGAGACCGCCUCGCUCUUCACGAUCAGCCAGUCCGAGGCGGCCGCGGCGCGGCGAGACGCCGCGCAGGCGCCGGGGCUUAAGAAGCUGGGCGCGCGUCACCUGCGCCAGUUGCGCCACUCAGGGCCCAGCCACGACUACGCCGCCAACCUGCGCGGCCUGGAACACAUCCGCCGGCGGGGCCGCUGGAAGUCGCGGCGCUCCGCGAGGCGGCGCGGGAUAGGCGGCCACCUGACCCAGCAGCUCCAGGAGAUGGGCGCCGCCCACACCCCAGCGCCAGCGGCGAGCGGUGCCCCCCGCAAGAGGCCGAAAGCUUGGCCCACAGGGGCCAGCGGCAGCGAGCCAGGCCCACCUCCACUAGGCACGAUGAGCGCCCGCACGUUGGUCAGCGAGCCCAAUAUGCCGACGUGCUGCGCCCUACGGCGGCACUCGGCCACCGCGACCUGCUCUGCCUCGGCCGUGAGCUGA